UGGUGAUACGCUUAUGUUUGGCCCCUUAAAAGUUACCACAGUCUCAACAAUAGAUCCAUAAUAUUACUCUUUAGGACUACAGUGAGUUUGAUGUGAAGAUAAAGGGCUGAGGCUUUUAUUAAAAGGCGCCUUCGAGCAAAGUGCAGCGCCCCUGCGUCCUUUUGGUUUUGCGCUCAAGGUGGAGUUUUGUGCCACAUCACAUCUAAUUGCUGCCGCUACAGCGCGCAGUGCUGAGGCUGGUGUCCUGGAAAGAGCAAGCUGUCAGGAGAAGGAAGCGGCUGAACAACAGCGGAAGCGAGAGCGUUUUGCAUUUCGGGACAAUUUCACCCCUACUUUGUGUGGAGAGGAACAUGCGUUCAACGUGCAGGUGAAAAAUCUGCUAAUUUAAGCUGCUGCAACUUUUCAGCCCUAUACCUCGUGCAGAUUCGGGCAAGAUUUUGUUGUUGUUGUUUGCUUUACCUCGGAUUCAUAAAGAUAGUUUUGAAAUCUUGAGAAAUGUCUCGCAAGAAGGCUGUCAAAGGCAAAGCCGCAACCAGCAGCCCGUCUGCAGGCAGCCCCACCGGGAAAGGGACCGGGAAAGCUGCGAGGAGCAGCCCGGGCAUUGUUCAGAUGAACGGUGUGGUCCAUCCCAGCAGACCCUCCAUCAGCAACAGCAGCGAGUUUUAUGACAUCGCUUUCAAGGUGAUGCUGGUUGGUGACUCUGGUGUGGGGAAAACAUGUCUACUGGUCCGUUUUAAAGACGGAGCGUUCCUGGCUGGCAGCUUCAUCUCCACUGUGGGCAUUGACUUUAGGAAUAAAGUCCUGAACAUUGAUGGAGUCAAGGUGAAGCUCCAGAUCUGGGACACAGCUGGACAGGAGCGGUUCCGCAGUGUCACUCAUGCCUAUUACCGUGACGCCCAUGCUUUGCUUUUGCUGUAUGACGUCACCAACAAAACAUCCUUUGACAACAUACAGGCAUGGCUGACUGAGAUCCAUGAGUACGCCCAGCAGGACGUGGUCCUCAUGCUGCUUGGAAACAAGGCUGAUGCCACUCAUGAGAGGGUGGUGAAGAGAGAAGAUGGCGAGAGGCUUGCAAAGGAGUUUGGAGUUCCCUUCAUGGAGACCAGUGCCAGGUCAGGUCUCAAUGUAGAGCUGGCUUUCACCGCUGUGGCUAAGGAGCUGAAGCACCGAUCUCUGAAGGAUCCCAGUGAGAAGUUUAAGCUGCAGGAGUACGUAAACAAGGAGAUGAAGAGCACAAGCUGCUGCGGGUCUUAAAGCCUGCCCUUGUCAUUCUCUGGAUCUCUGUGUGUGUGUGUGUGUGUGUGUGUGGAUCACUCAUGUUCAUACAGUAGGUGUUCAUAACUGGCCCAAUCAGAGAUGAGGAGUCAGUUCCAGCGAGGUAUAAACCUUUUUGUCAUUCUGUUUCUCCACUCUCAAACUUUCCCAUCUCCGUCCACACAACCUCUCGACCAUCUGUCGUCCCGCACUUCUCUCUGCCCUACUCCAUCUUGUAUGUCCUGCUUUUCCUCACCCACCUGCUUCUGCAGCUGUGAAUGUAGCCCCAGGUUAUGGUUUACACAAGACAAAGAUAGGCGCUGUUCACCUCAGUUAUUAACCUAUUAAUGGACAUUUUCUUCCAUAACUGUAGCUGCAUGAUAAUAUUUUAACCCCGGCAUUGAAUCGGACACCUAGCAAAUAGCUUUGCAUUAUCUUGCGUGGUUAUUUUAUUGUAAAGGGAUUUAAUCAAAUUUAAUUUAUGGUCUUUUUGCAGACACAAGAUACAUGUCUUUUAAAGUCAUGCAUUUCUCACAUUCAUUUAAGAUGUCAGCUUGGUUGAAUGUUCUCUUCUUGGUCAGCGUGUGGAUGAAUGUUCAUAUAAUAGGUGUAUAGUGUCUUCUGUCCAUGGUUCAGUGUCCAUGUCAGUAAUUCAACAGGCUCUUUGCAGCCAGUUUAGCUCACCAGCAUAAACUCAAUCUAAGCAUUUCCAUGAUUCAGCUGUGGAUAUCUGGGAAUAUGUUUUACUUCUUCUACAUAAAAGUAAAUGGAUGUUGCUAUUUUGUAUACAAGGAUAUGAAGUACAGAAUAGCAUCAUUAGCCACAAUAAAUUAUUAUUUUAGUAGAUUUAAAUUAAUGCUAGAGGCAGACAUGAAGUAGUAGUAGUUUGAACAAACCUUCAGAAACAUGGCAGUGCAUGGGUCACAGAACCUAAAACAUUUUGGGGAUUUUUUUUCAAUAUUAGAGGAUCAAUGUCGAGUCUUGGAGAGCUCUAAUGCAACCUCUCUUCUUGAUAAUAUACAUAUUAUUUUGUUUUGAAACUUAUUUAAAAACAGAUUGUCAAAAAUGCUGUAUGUAAUCUAUAUAGACUAAGGUUUUGACAAACAUGAUGUAAAUACUUUUUUUCUGCAUGUAAAAAAAAAAAGUUUUGAUUGAGUAGAAUAGCACUUUAGAUGGGAAAUAAGACCGCAAGUAGGAUUUGGGGAAAUAAAGACCUACAGUAUGUUGACAUUGUUAACUAGAGUAUUGUAUAUGACACACAGAUGUGUAUCAGUUUUUAUUUUGAGUGUUUUAUUUUUAGUCAAGACUGCUUUAUUUCCUGCUUUUUAUUUUGCUUUUGUUUUUCAAUUAUUGAAUAUAUAAAUGGGGUAUAUAGUGCCAUGUUUUCUUAAAAACAUUGACCAGUACGUUUCUUAUAAUCUGUUAACAGUAUUUAACCUGUUCUUCAUAAAAGAAGCAUAGGCCUCCUUUUAUAUGACUGUUGCUUUGGUAGAUUUCAUCUUAGUCAUAGAAACUGAGUAUCUCCGUACAGUAUUUACUGUACGUUUUUCCAAUGUUGAUGUUCAGAGUAAUGUAUUGAUUUUUGAUUUUACAACUUUUCAAUGUGUAACUUCUUUCUUGUAACUGAAAGUUAACUACAAUAAAAACAGAAGGUAAUGUG